CGGUUUCCCAAUCUGGCAACACUUGCUCCACGUGCAGCGCGUAAACAGCGGAUAAUUUAAUAAUUGUAGAUAUUUAACCGCUGUAACAAUGGCCGAUGAUGCCGGCCAGGACAAGCGGAAGCAGCACCGAGCCCGCCAAUCCGGCGUGAAGGCGGACAAGAAGAAGUUAAAGGCCAAGAAGGACUCCAACCAGAAGGAGCCCGAGUUGACCGCCAGGCAGAGGAACCCCAAGGCGUUCGCCAUCAACUCGGCGCAGCGUGCAGAGAGAAACUUCCGGCGCAAGGAGGACCUUACGGCCAAGAAGCAGCAUAUUCCGCUUGUCGAUCAAACUCCGGACGUACCGCCACCCGUACUAAUUGCCGUGGUGGGACCGCCCAAAGUGGGCAAGACUACGUUGAUUAAGGACCUAAUCAAAAGCUUUACGCGGACGAAUGUCACUGAUAUAAAGGGUCCCAUCACUAUUGUGACCUCCAAGAAGCGCCGGAUCACCCUGCUGGAGUGCAACAACGAUGUCAACUCCAUGAUCGAUGUGGCCAAAUGCGCCGACCUGGUCCUGCUGCUUUGCGACGCAAGCUACGGCUUCGAAAUGGAGAUCUUUGAGUUCCUAAACAUCUGCCAGGUGCACGGCAUGCCCAAGAUAAUGGGCGUACUUACCCACCUGGACAUGAUCAAGAACCCCAAACAGCUGAGGAAGCGAAAGAAGGAGCUAAAGCAUCGUUUUUGGACAGAGGUCUACGACGGCGCCAAGCUGUUCUACCUUUCCGGUCUGCUUCACGGCGAGUACCUGCGGAACGAAGUCAAAAACCUAGGACGCUUCAUCUCCGUAAUGAAGUUCCGCCCGUUGCAGUGGCGAGGAGCUCAUAGUUAUCUCCUGGUAGACCGUAUUGAGGAUGUGACAAACACGGAUCGCGUUCGCCGGGAUCCCAAAUGUGAUCGUGAGGUUGUACUCUACGGCUAUGUUCGAGGAGUUCCUCUCAAGCAGGAACACAUGGUGCAUAUUGCUGGCCUGGGGGAUUCCCGCAUUGAUGAAUUGAAUGUUAUACCCGAUCCAUGCCCCCUGCCUGGGACAGAAAAGAAACGGAGUUUGCUAGAGAAAGAACGAUUACUUUACGCUCCCAUGUCGGGAGUCGGUGGCAUUGUUUACGACAAGGAUGCGGUCUACAUUGAGCUACAGGGAUCGCAUUCGCACAAGGAACAGGAGCAGACCGCUGAGGCUGCCGAGCAGGCGGAGCUGGUGAACAAGCUGAUCGAUAAGAAGGCCACUAUCGAUGAGCAGAUGGAGCAGCAGGAGUUCCGUCUCUUUUCAGAUGCCCAACCAAUCAAGUCCAAGGACUUCCGCAAUGACCAGGACGCCGAAGAGGAUGAAGUGGCCGAAAGUAGUGAGGAUGAGGAUGACGAUGGGGAGGACUCUGGUCUGGAUGCUGCUGACAGUGAGGAUCAGCAGGAUGAAUUCGAUGCUGACGAUUGGCGUGGGGAGAACAGUGAGGAGGAGGAGGAUGCUGAGGAGGAAGAUGCUUCUUCUGGCGAUGAGGAGUAUCAGAGCCUGGGAAAUGUGAAAACAUCCCACGAAUCCGAUUCGGACGAUGAGGAGGCUCGCGUCCUGGCCAGCAACAUGAGCUGGAAGACUAAUCUGGCACAAAAGGCCCGCGAUGCUUUUCUCCAACGUCACUCGGAGUCAAAAAACCUGAUGCGUCUUGUCUACGGUGUUUAUAGUCAAAGUGAACAUAGUCGUCAGGAGGCAGAAGCGGAAGGAGAUGGUGACUCAGAUGAAGAGCUGGGUGGUCUGUUCCGGGUGGCUGCUAAAAAGCAAAGCCAGCAGCAAUCAGACAAGGACAUUAGGGAUAAGGACGAGCGGUGUUUUUUCGAGUAUCAGGGAGAUGCCACUCGGGACUGGCUAGCGGAAGACAACAAGGAGCUUAUCAAGAACUGCUUCGUCACCGGCAAGUGGAAGGCCAGCGAGGAUGCUGAAAAUCUACUGAAGAUGGACGACAUGAGUGACGCAGAAAGCGAAGUGUACGGGGACUUUGAGGAUUUGGAGACGGGCGAGCAGCACAGCGGCAAACCCAAAACUGAAGAUGGUGGAGAAUCGGAUGAAGAGAAUUCAAAACCUGAGGAAACCUCAGCAGCCAAGCGCAAGAUGACCCGCGUAGAGGAGGAAAAUCUCACCAAGGCAGAGCUGAUGGCAAAAAAAUUAAAGUUAAAGGCGAAGUUCGAUGCGGAGUACGACAACAGUGGCGAGGGAAAGGAAGAGGAUAAUGGUCGAAUUACUGGCGAUCACUCUUUCUACGAGGACCUCAAGGCGGAGGCUCAGCGGCAGAGCGAGCUAAACAAGAGCGAGUUUGCCCACCUGGACAAUGAGUUUCGCAUUCAGAUCGAGGGUUAUCGCCCAGGUCUUUACGUCCGCCUCGGUUUCAAGCAGCUUCCCGCCGAGUUUGUGGAGAAUUUCGAUGCCAGCUAUCCGGUACUGGUUGGUGCCUUAAACAUGACCGAGGAGAACGUUGGCUAUGUUAACUGCAAGGUCAAGAAGCACCGCUGGUACAAGAAAAUCCUCAAAACAGGUGAUCCUUUAAUCAUCUCAAUGGGAUGGCGCCGUUUCCAAACAGUGGCAAUCUAUGCCAAGGUGGAGGACAACUUCCGACAACGCUACCUUAAAUAUACACCUAAUCAUGUCACCUGCAGCAUGACCUUCUGGGGUCCGAUAACGCCUCAAAAUACUGGUUUCCUGGCCUUGCAGACUGUGCGUCAGGAUCAGGAGGAGAUGCGUCGUCUUGGCUUCCGGAUAGCGGCCACAGGCUGUGUCACCGAGCUGGAUAAAUCCUCGCAGAUCAUGAAGAAGCUCAAGCUGGUGGGACACCCGUUUAAGAUCUACAAGAAGACAGCUUUUGUGAAGGACAUGUUCAACUCCUCCCUGGAAGUGGCUAAGUUCGAAGGAGCCAAGAUCAAAACGGUAUCCGGAAUUCGCGGUCAGAUCAAGAAGGCUCACCACACGCCAGAAGGCUCUUAUCGUGCCACAUUCGAGGACAAGAUUCUUUUGAGCGACAUAGUCUUCUGCCGCACCUGGUUCCGUGUGGAGGUGCCUCGGUUCUAUGCUCCUGUUACCUCACUCCUGCUGCCUCUGGACCAGAAGAGCCAGUGGCAGGGCAUGAAGACGCUCGGUCAACUUAAGCGGGAAAGGGCAGUGCAAAAUGCAGCCCAGCCCGACAGCAUGUACACAACGGUCGUGCGCAAGGAGAAGAUCUUCCGCCCACUCACCAUACCCAAGGCCCUUCAAAGGGCGCUGCCGUACAAGGACAAGCCCAAGCUGGGGCCGGAGAAUCCCAAGGCGGCGCUGGAGCGCGUGGCCGUGGUUAACUCACCGUACGAGCAGAAGGUGUCUAAGAUGAUGAAGAUGAUCGAGACCAACUUUAAGGACAAGCGGCAACGUGAACGCAUGGAAAUGAAGAAGCGCAUUAAGAACUACCGCGAGAAAAAGCGGGAGAAGAUUGCUUCCAAGGAGAGGCGCCAAAAGGAGCUCCGCAAGAAAGUAUCGCGGGCCAUCAGCAAGGUGCGGGGAAAGCAGACUGCCUGAUUUUGUUCUGAAAAGUGAUUAAUGGACAAUUCUUAGAUAUUUUGCUGUAUAAAAUGUAGAUAUAACAAAAUUAAAUGUUUUUAUGAUCAAAAACAA